GAGACAAGCCCAGAGCAGGGCCCCGUGGUACCGUCACCCUGCCCUAAACGAUCAGACAAAGAUGCUCCGCGGGCCUGGCCCAGGUCUGGUCCUGUCUGGCUGCUCGCUGGAGCCCUGGAAGCUGACCCAGCCCUGGGAUCAGAAUCCACUGGUCCUGGUACCUGGUCAGUUCUUGGAAACUCUCAGGAGACUUGUGUUCAGCAAAGCUGGCAAAGAGCCCAGCUCUAAGGAAGCAUGGCACUCAGGCUCCUGCCCCAAACCCCAAAGUCCAACCUGCUCCAUCAGAAGCCUGCAGGGUGUGUGUCACUGUGAUGCGAAGGGGCUGCAGGCCAGGAACCAGGGCUGCAGUGGGGCACCCCCUUGGGGUUGCACUCCAUCUUCUCUGGUGAGCGCUGCAAAACCUUCUACAGGCAGAAGAGGUACGUUGCGGGAGCGUGCUGCUGGGGGCUUUACUUCUGCUGGCAGAUCUCAGACAGGCCCCAGAUCCUGGGGCAGUGAAGGCAGGGGAGCUACCGGCACUGGCCACCCACCCACCCUGGGCCACCCCUCUGAGCCUGUCACCCUUUCAUCUGGCCUCUGGGCCCUCUCUGGGGUCAGCAGCCUCUUACUAUGCCUCUGCUCAGCCCGACAGCAACACCCAGACCGCGGGUCUAGCACCUUCUGUACCCACCCUCCCUGGGAAUGCUGGUUACUGAUUGAACACCGGGAGCCUUAAAUGGGACACUCCUGGCAGUGAUCACCUGGACCAAAGGCUUCUACUCUCUCU